AUGUCUUCGGUUCUCAACGCCCCGGUCGAGAUCUACGACCCCCUCAACCCACCCGUACGACGCUUCGAGAUGGUGAAGACUAAACGCAUCUUGCGCCAAGUGCUCUUGGGGCUUCAUUUUCUUCACGUUAGUGGAAUUGUGCAUGGCGACCUUCAUUCUGGCAACGUCCUAUUCGCCUUACAAGAUCUCAACCGGUUCGGGCGUGAGGCACUAAUGCAGAAGGAAGACAAGUCUCGUAUCGAUCCGGUGCAACGCAUCGAUGGCAAACCUGACAAGUGGGCUCCGAGGUAUCUUGUGGUGUCUGAACCGCUGUCGGAAUACACUCUCUCGGGCGGCGAUGAGGUGGUGAAGCUUUCGGAUCUUGGAGGAGCUUUCCGCAGCGAUGAUCCACCGAGGACUGUCGUUACUCCGGCAUCAUUACGAGCACCGGAAGCUGCUUUAAACAAAACCAUAGGAAGCGCCAUCGACAUCUGGAGUUUUGGCUGUCUUGUCUACGAGCUCAUCACCGGCGUGGGUUUGUUCGAAAUAUCACCUUUCGGGCUUAGUGACGAGGCGAUGAAAGAUGAACAUCUGAUUCAGAUGACCGACAUCCUAGGGCCGCUUCCAGACGAGUUUCUGUCGAGCUGGCCAGCGGUUUCGAGGUACUAUGGGCCAGAGGGGGAAAGACUUGAUGCUCGGCCACGGGAUUUUGAUGAAGAUGACUCAGUCGGUGACGAUAAUUCCGAUUAUGAAGACUCUGAGGAGGAGUUUGAUGACGAGGAAGGGUUUGAAUUUGACAUGGGUGACCGUAAACCACCGAAGGUUCAUGACUCUCUGGAAAAGCUUAUCAACACCCACAAGCCAGCUGGCGUUGAUGACGAAGAGGAGAAGCAGAUAGUCGGGCUGCUCAGGUCGAUUUUCCAGUACAGUCCCGACGAACGUCCUUCUGCUGCCGAUUUGUUGCAGAACCGUUGGAUCAUUAGUUAA